AUGACACCAUGUGAGGAUAUCAGAAAUGCUUCGAGCCUGUUAAACUGCAGCGCCGAUUUAAUGAUCGUCACCAUCACAAAGGACAUCCAGCUGGCUAAAGAAUAUUGCUAUCCACCGCGGGAACCUAAAGACUAUUCUCUUCCUGGCCUCUACCAUGACACGGUGCUCAAGCUUACUAGCCAGCAGAAAUCUGAAAACAACUACUGCCCCCAAAUUUUGCAUGAUAUCUUGUAUGAGUGUGAACCACAUGAAUUCUGCAUGAAGAUCUUCACUCAUGCUUUCUAUGCUAACUCCAAGAGGAGCAACGAGGAGCUACUCAAGCUGCGCAACACCCUGCGGACUUUGCCAGAAACAACAUUCAACAGCAUCACUAAGGUGAUGUUCAAGUUUUCUUACAGUGAUCUGGCUAAAGAAUACAAGUCUUGCUUGCUGCACCUAGCUAUAUUCUCUCCCGGACAAAAGAUCAGGCGGUCAACCUUGAUUGCACGGUGGGUUGCAGAAGGACUGACAUACAAGGAAGAUUGGCCCAGUUCUGUGCGUCAGGCCAACCAAUGUUUUGACACACUUGUUGGCCGGUGCCUUGUUUAUCCUGCUGAUAUUGGUAUCACAGGAAAUGUAAAGAGUUGUGUCGUAGGUGAUCUAAUUCAUGGAUUCAUUACCACAAUUGCUAGAAAACAACACAUUGUGGAGACACGCCUGUCACAUCACUUGGCUCGCCACUUCUCCAUUUUCAAUGAUCUACAACUCCGCAGCUCUGAUAGAAUUGACAAAUUCUUCGAGGGGCUCUCUAAAUCAUCUCAAGUAUCCCUGCUCAAGGUGCUAGAUCUAGAAGGUUGUCAGUGUUUUCUUGGGAAGAACCAGCAGUACCUCAAGGACAUCUGCAACAAGAUGUUACUGCUCAAGUAUUUGAGCCUGAGGAAAACAAAUAUUACCCGGCUACCCAGUGAAAUUAACAACCUCCAUGAGCUAGAGGUACUGGAUAUCCGAGAAACUAGGAUGCCUGCACAUGCAACAACAAAUAUCCUGCUCUUGAAGCUGAAGCGUCUGCUUGCUGGUCACAUUGAUCUGAAUUCAAGCAAUUUUCGCUAUGGUGUCCGGAUUCCUCGUAGGAUCGGCAAAAUGGUAAACAUGGAGGUACUAUCUGAGGUCAAGGCCUGGCAGAGUAAUGAUGUAAAAGAUAUUGGAAAGCUAUGGCAGCUGAGGAAGCUAGGUGUGGUUAUUCAAGAUAAGGAUGAUCACCUCAGGAAUUUGCUUCAGACGAUCAGUGACCUACAUGAGUGCCUCUGUUCUCUGUCAAUCACUGCUAUUCCCAUAACCACACCACACGAGGGUACUCCUUCCAGUGCAGAGUUACCAUAUGGCAUUGGCUCUAUGUUGGAAAACCAUUUCAAGAUUAUUGAGAGUCUAAGCAUCAGGGGAGCCACACAGAAGGGGCGUCUUCUUCCAUUGUUCAUAAAAGGUGAUAAAAACAAACUUGUCAAGGUAACUCUAUGUCACACUCUGCUGAGCCAAGAUAAUCUGAAACUCCUUGCCAAGCUGCCCAAGUUACAGUGUCUCAGGCUCCAACACAUUGUAUGCACCGAGCACAUGCUGAACUUCAAGGACGGUGAAUUCAGAUGCCUCAAGCUCCUUGUUGUUGAGGGCUCGGACUUGACUAAUGUCACUUUUGAGGAUGGUGCAGCCAGUGAGCUCGAGAAGAUGGUUUUGUCUAUCACCAGCAUAUGUUCUAUUUCUGGAGUUGACUAUCUUACAAAUUUGCAAGAGCUUGAGUUAAACAGCAGCUUCUGCGGCAGUUUGCUGUCAUCAUUUGACAAUGCCAAACAGAUAGCCAAGCUGACUCUUUGUGGUACAUUGCUAGAGCUAGCUGCUCUACAACUGCUCACCAAGAAACCAAACAUACGCUGUCUGGUGCUCUUGGACAAGUCUUUUGGUGGAACACAGAAUGGGAUUACAUUAGAAAAAGAUGAGUUCUUAUGGCUCAAUCUCCUUGUUGUUGACUGCUCGACCAUCACCAUCUCUAUUUCAAACCGGCCUCCCGCCCCGGCAACCGUUGCCGUUGCAGAACCAGAGAUCGUUGCCGCGGCUGUCGAAGAGUGA